AUGUCUGUGGCUAUGCCCAUGGCUAUGUCUAUGUCUAAUGACUAUGUCUAUGUCUAUGCCUAUGGCUAUGGCUAUGUUUAUGGUUAUGGCUAUGGCUAUGGCUAUGGCUAUGCCUAUGUCGAUGUUUUUAUCUAUGGCUAUGGUUAUUCCCAUGGCUAUGUUUAUGUCUAUGGCUAUGGCUGUGGGUAUGGCUAUGGCUAUGGCUGUGGGUAUGGCUAUGGCUAUGGCUAUGGCUAUGGCUGUGGGUAUGGCAAUGUCUAUGGCUAUGACUAUGACUAUGCCCAUGGCUAUGUCUAUGCCUAUGGCUAUGGCUAUGUCUGUGGCUAUGCCCAUGGCUAUGACUAUUGCUAUGGCUAUGGCUAUGUCCAUGCCUAUGGCUAUGUCUGUGUCUUGUCUAUGUUCAUGGCUAUGGCUCUGUAA